GUCCAGCGCAUCCAGCAGCAGGAGCAGGAGCAGGAGCAGCCCUGUGGAGGAGGUGAAAACUUCUACUCCUUCACCUUGUUUUUUUGUUUUUGUUUUUUUCAAACGGACACAUCAGGAUGGGGUUUAUAAGAGCAGUCUGUAGGAAGCCUGCAGGUGUCCUGUAAGCAACAGACCCAGCUGGUGGACGUUAGCUGCUGCUGAGCGUUUCCACACCUGCCCGCUGAGAGAAGCAGGAGGAGGAACCAUGAUUGACCUGAGCCACCUGACGGAGGAGGAGCAGGGGGUGAUAAUGACGGUGCUGAGGAGGGACGCCGAACUGAAGAAGGCCGAGGAGGAGAGAAUCAGCAAACUGGAGAAAAUACUGAACAGUGGCUCGCAGACGGAGAUCAAGCGGAAGUACCUGACCGGAGAGUGGUUUUACGAGGCCAAGUCUCGCAGGCACAUGGACAAGAUCCACGGGUCUGAGAUCAUCCUGGCCUCCAUGAAACAGAAGAAACCUGUAUUAGACGGGUCUCUUAGAAUUGAAAGAUCCAAGGCACCCAGCAGUCGAGGUUCAGAUACGGUCGCUCCGCCAAAACCUGCCAGAUGUUUGGAAGCACUACAGCCGCAGGAUAUCAAUGAUGCAGAAAAAGAGAAUCUGAAUUCAGCGGUCCGCUCUCCAAGAACGCCAAGGCACAACCCUUUCAACCGUGCUUCCCUCAUUGUUGUUGAGCCACCUGAAAAUAAUAAUGACAUGUCAACCAGUCGGGACCAGGAGUCGUCUGAAAGAGAGCCCAUAUCUCCACUGAAGAGCCACCCGGCGGGAGAGGCCAGUCAGACUUCAGGGGGCUCCAUUACUUCAGAGGGCUCAUCUGUAGGGUUCAGGCCAGUGCCGAAGAAGAGGACAUUUCUCUCAAGACGUACAUCCACUCAGUUGGAAAGCAAUGGCCUGGGGUUAGAUGCUCAGGUAGGAUCAGCGGCCGUUGUUCCUGCCCCAAGACGGAGCCUCCAACGAGGGUCCAGUGGGAGCUCUAACCAGUCCUACCCGAAGGGCCAAGACGAAAUGCCUCAGAAAAGUGUAGUUUCUGAUCAAGUAUCUCAGUCUGCUCAACCAUCAAAAUCUCUAGAUGAAAACUCCCCGCAGCCACUCUGUGAUGUGUCUCAGGUUUCGUCUAAUUCCAGUCUGGAGAGAGAAAGAAACCCAACUUCUCUAACAAGAGACAGACCAGCCACGUACACCAGGAGUGAUGCGUCCACUGACAGAGAAAUCCCAAAAAAGAACGAUGAACAAGAGGAUGAGACACACAGGGAACGUGCAGCAGUGAACAUCCUGCACACCGGCAGCAUUCAGGAUUCAGACAGAGAAAACAGCAGUAUUGUGGGAACAGCAAUGAGACAGGAAGAGCUCAGUUUGCCUCAAAGCACUGUGGAUCCAGAUCUUCCAGUAUCUUAUGACCUCAUCUUCAUUGAUAAGUCUGACAAGAAAUUAAAUCAGAACCAUGCAUUUAAAUUAUCCACCCAGACUACCAGUCCCACUGGUGAUGAGGACUCCAUCGUGAAGGUGCUGGACUGGUUCAACCGUAGUACAGACAGCAGUGAAUGGUUAAAUACAGAUGAUGGUCCAGAGGCCACAAAGAACCCUCACAAACAUGUAGAAAUGAGCAAAUUAAGAGGUGAAGAUUCAUUAAGAAAAGAAGCUGGGGAUGUUAUAAGUGAGAGGAAGAAAGAAAGUCUUGAAAUGAAGAGAGGUCACUUACAAAAACAGCCCAAUGAGGGUAAAGAGUUAAGAACAAAGGACAGAAUAGGCAACAAGGAACUAACAAAAACACAAGAAGAGGUGACGAAAGAUACCAGAGAAAAAAUGCGGUCACAGGAAUUUGGAGAUAAUAAUGAAAGCCAACCACCCCAAGUCGCUCAUCUGAAGUCAUUCUGGGAGAAAAGCAAUAUGGGUCCUAAAAUACUUAUCAGCAACUCAAUCACGCCCAACGACAAAGCACAAAAACCUGCUCGCCUCAAAGCAGAGAAAGACGAGGAGAAAGUGAACAAACCCCCCGUGUCUGAUAUGUCCUCUGUGCCUGGAAUAUACAAUGGGAAGGGGAGUUAUGAUAAGUACGCCUCAAAUCAUGGAGAUGAAAGAGAACAGCUGGUAAUCAGUCCACAAAAAGAUAUAGGAGACAUUGUCCAUUAUAAUAAUAACAAGGAUGUAGACAGACAAAGGAACAAUAAUGACCCAGCAUACAACUCAGAGAUAAAGUUAGCAGACAGACCCCAAGUAGCUGACAGAAGAGAUUCAGACACUGAGAUUUUAAGUGUAACCAGACUCAGUCCACAGCUAAGGGCAGCUAUCCAGUCCAGACUGAGUCCAGAGUUAGAGACCAUCUCCUUAGUCAAACCAAAUCCACAGCCUGACAGUAUUUCCCAAUCUAAUGAAACCCCACUGCAAGACGAACUGUCCAAGACUAUUCCUGUGUCUCAACUGGAUAUAAAUCUCCAAACAAGGGACAGUCCAGACUCUGAGAAGCUCUAUUUGUCCAGAAACAGCCCAUAUAUGGACUACAAGCAAGGUGGGAAUGAUAUACAGAUCACCCAAAACAAACCACAAAUGCAUAGAAGUUCAAGUGAAGAUGUUAAGAGGAGGGACAGUGAAGAUAAGAGCAUGCAAUCCAGCAUGUCACCAAAACGAAAGGAAGAUACGUCUAAUAAAGACAGAAUCAGCAGUCCUCACUCAAACAGACAAGGUUUACCACAUCAAGAAAGUACUGCAGAGAGGAUAAAGCAGCUCAAAUCUUUCUGGGAGCAGGAGAGGAACAAGCCCAUGUUUUACACCGGGAAACCUAAAGCUCUUGGGGAUGGUAAAGUCACUCGUGGUACGAAUCAGGCGAAACUGAAUAAAAGAUUUACAAAGUCGGAGUACGACUUGAGGUCAAUUGGAAAUUUUUCAGGCAGUGAUGAGGAUGACGCUGAUAGAAAUCAUCAAAAUUUUACAGUCCUUCCGUUGAAUCAGAGGAUAGAAAAGUCGUCCCCUAGUCUGGGCACAAGCCGAACACAAUUUAACACUCUGCGUGAGUUCUGGGAUGAGGCCACGUCAGAUACCAAGGGAUCAUUUUCCUUUGACAAACCCAAAAGCCCCAAAAGGAAAGACUCAAUAGGUGCCCAGCUUACAUCUCAGGAGUUAAAGUGUGGUGACCCUGAGAUUUACCGUGAGAAAACAAGACCAGCUGUCAUGAAAUCAUCUCCACCUUCUCAGAAUCGAUCAAAGUCGCCUCAUGAUACGAGGUCACGAGGAGCGAGUGACUGCAAAAACAACCUGUCGAAUUAUACAACAGCUGAGCAGCAGAGAGAGUCCAAAAGGAGCUCAAAGGACUCUAAUAGAGAGGAGAAAUCCACGAAACCACAAAGCAAUUCAGGAAAAGAGACUCGCUCUCCUAAGACCAGAAAAGACAGCUUUAGCAAUUCGAGUCGUGGAAAUUCAAUGCGUCGGGCCACUAGCAUGUUCGCUCUGAGUGUUCCUGAUGAAAAAGAUCAAAGCCAGCUCAAAAUGGAUGUAAGCCCUGUUCACUCUCAGAGCAGGAAGCAGAGGCAGAACACCGAAAAAGGCACCAUGUUGAGAAGAGCAUCAGAGGACAGUGAGACUCUGGCUCCACGUGCACGGGCAUGUGUUCCUAGAGACUACCGCCAUUACCUGGGCAUGACAGAUGACACCAGCGUCCACACCUCCUUCGUCCCAGCUCUUAAGGACGAGGGAUCAGAGGGCAAGUCUGGGUAUGAAUUUGACCUGGUUGGGCCGGUGAGAGCCAGCACUCCAGUGAGUUCAGAUGACCGUUAUGGCAGGAAGGGCAACAAGACGAGUCAGCGGCCCCUGUGGGCAAACUACAGCAGUUCAGACACAGGUCAGGAGUCAUCUGUGAGCAGCACAUCAGAAACCUGGUCCAACUCGAGGAAUAGUUCAAACCGGGAGAAUGACGAUGAGGGCCAAAACCCUGUAAGGAAAGCGUUGAGGCGAGCAGAAGCACGGCCUAAAAAUCUGGCUAAAAGUAUGGAGGACAUCACAGCAUCCUUAUCACCACGACAAGAAAGAAGGCAAGACCCGACUGCCGACAUGAGACGAAUCAGUGAUGUGUCAACCAUCCCGUCACCCUCCUCGUCCUUAUUUUCGGAUCCAGACCACCUGAAGAAGAUGAGCAAAUCAGUUCCUUCGUUCUUACAGAAGGAGGACGUUGGCAGAGACACUGACUCCAACUGCGAGGACAGUUACGACCGAGGAAGACUAAUGAUGGGCAACUCUUUGACUAACCUCACCAGCUCCUCUGGCAUGGCGUCUGUGUCUUCUCUGAGUGGAAGUGUGAUGACCAUGUACAGUGGGGACUUUGGGAACGUGGAGGUUCAGGGAAACAUCCAGUUCUCCAUCAACUACAUUCAGAGGCUCAGAGAGUUUCACAUCUUUGUGGCUGAGUGUCGAGAUUUGGCUGCAGUUGACCCAAAGAGGGGCCGCUCAGACCCGUAUGUCAAAAGCUACUUGGUUCCUGACAAAGCUAAUCUUGGAAAGAGGAAAACAUCUGUAAAAAAGAAGACGCUAAAUCCAACAUUCAACGAGAUCCUCCGGUAUCGUGUUCGCAUGGAGUACCUCAGAACCCAGACACUCAUUCUCUCCGUUUGGCAUCACGACACCUUUGGCAGGAACAGUUUCCUGGGAGAAGUAGACGUGGAUCUUUCCAAGUGGGAUUUUGACCACACCCAGAUGAACUACUUAGCCCUGAAAGCAAGGACUAUACCCACUCUAGCACCAUCAAAUGGUCGAGGAGAGAUGAGACUCGCCGUACGUUUCCUGCCACAGAUCAUCCACAGCGAAGGAUUAGCUAAGGAGGCUUCAAACACCGGAGAGAUUCACAUUUGGGUAAAGGAAUGCAAGAACCUGCCUCUAAUCAGGGCCACCAUUGACCCCUAUGUUAAGUGCUUUGUGCUGCCAGACACAAGCAGGAAAAGUCGCCAGAAGACACGCGUGCUGCGGAGGACAGUAGACCCAGCGUUUAACCACACGAUGGUGUACGAUGGCAUCAGAGAGGCUGAUCUAGCAGAAGCCUGCGUGGAGCUCACUGUCUGGGAUAGAGACAGGCUAGCCAGCAACUUGCUAGGGGGCCUGAGGCUUGGAGCUGGAACAGGCAGAAGUUAUGGGGCAGUGGUGGACUGGAUGGACUCAACUCCCUAUGAGGUGGCCCUAUGGGAGCGGAUAAAGUCCACCCCGAAUGAAUGGGUGGAGGACGUACUCCCAUUAAGAAUGCUGAAUUCUGCCAAAACAGCUUUUAAAUAAGUAAAAGUAUACCAAAUUGCCAUACUGCAAAGGCGGUAUAUUUUUAAGAGGUAAAACCACAGUAAAGUGCAUUGAUAUAAAUUACAGCAACCUAUGAUGCCACCUAAUAAAGCAGGGUGGCGUUGUGAACAUUUCUGUCAACAUCUUCCUCAAAGUCCACAGGUGCUCAAGGAAGAGGUGAAAUGAUACUAUUGAAACACCCCUGGAAACUCCCCUGGAAAGUGAAUUUUGUAUAAGUCCAGUAACUGGCACAACUGUGGGCUCUUAUUCAGGCUGUAAAGAAGAAAUUUAAGACACCUGCAGGUACAUGUGUUUGCAGCACUAAGGCACGCAAGGAAAUGUAAUCAAGAAACCAUGCAACGAUUACACUAAAUGCCCAAUAAAAACGUUUAAAAACUAACUCAUAUGUAACAAAGGUAACAAAACACAGCUGUUAGAUUUAUAUCCUCUAACACUAUAUACAGUAUGGCUAAGGUCCACCAGUUGUAUUCUAAAUUUGUUAGUUACCCCCAACGUACAACCACUUUCUAAAUAUCUCAUGAGAUGAUUAAGAUGUUAACCAACAUCCACAUUAAGAAAAGUGAUGGCAAAUAGUGGUAACCAAAAAUGUGCUUUGCAUUGUAUUGAUGUUUAUUUAUUGAAGUUUCUCAAAGAAUGUUAUUCAAAUGUCCACAAUAAUGAAAGUUUAUGGUAAAUGGAAAAAAUUCCAUUUUCUGCACAGAAUCAGAUCAUACAUAACAUUUUCUUUAGUAUUUCUUUUUUUCCCCCAUCCCAGUACUUUAAAGCAGUGAUUCUCAAACUGUUUCUGGCAUGCCCCCAUUCAGAAGCCAAGACAAUGUCAACCCUACCAGAUUUUUUAUCAGUCAUUACCAAUGAUCAGGUAAGCAAAUAAUAGAAAAGUUGAAUUUUACCAAAAUAAAAGUCAGCAUGAUAGCAUCUCUUGUUUGUUUAUUUUCCCAGCAUAAAUCAUUAUUCAGCCCAUGCAGUGGCUUUAUGCCCCACCAGGGGGCCCAUACCACAGUUUGAGAACCACUACCUUAAAGCUUUUGUCUAGUGAACUGUAGAUUAAUUUAACUUUGACAUGUCCUUUGUUAAGCAAUAUCAAGACAAUGUAUUUUUUAUUGCAGUGGAAAUUUAAGAAACUUAUCCUAAAAGUAUAUACUGUAUCUAUCUUAUGUCACCUCAAACUAUCCAAAACAAUCUUUUAUUCACUUUUUUCACUCUGAAAACCUUGUUUCUCAGACUAACAUUUUGACAGUAUUGUGAUGAGUACAUGAGAUGAACUGCACUUAAGUAUGUUAACCACAAGUGGGAUUAAAAAAAUUAAAUGCAGAACAACUUUCACAAUUGUUUUUUUUUUUUUUUUUUUUUUUGUAUUGCAUAUUCUGAUAAAUGUCAGUGUUAGAGUAGAAAUUGACCUACAGAUUGUCUGAAUAACAUGCUGGUUUUGAAUGGAAAGUUGAUGCUCCAGGUCAAAAUUAAACUCAACAUCUACCUGAUCAAUUGGCACAAAACUUUGUGGACUAGAAACAUUCAUGAUUCCCUUGAAAAAAUGUCUCAACUAUCAGAUGGAUCGCCAUCAAGAUGGUGAACAUGGUAAACGUCUGCUUAACUUAAGCACGUUUAUAAUUAUCUAAUGUUAGCAUUUAACCUUACAAACCAGGUAUUAUGACUGUAGACUAUAUAGAUAGGAUAUUAUUUUACUAAUUCUGUGCCCCCCAUCUCCACAUUAAUCCUUAGUGUGAUGUGAUAAAGACUUUGUUGACCCAGAUUACAUAAAGAACUGUUAUAUCAAGUGGAAAUGUCAGUGACAGAUGUCUUAAAACCUGGCAAAUAAAACAAAAACUAUCCACAUGGCCAAGUACCUCC